AAAAAGCGAGUGAAGGGAGUUACAUCAGCGCUUUCCGAGACAUGAGGUCGGGCCAUCUUCCAGUCGGUCCCCUUUUGUAUUAAAGCAGAAAAUCGGGGAAGACAGACAGAGAGAGGGAGACAGGCACAAUUGGAGAGGUCGUCCAGAAGACUGCAUCCAGCGCCUUUCUGCUUCAUUCUGAGGUGCAUGUACGCUCUUUGUGCCCCCGUGCGCGCGCGUGUGUUUGCAAGUGUUUGAACAAUUGCCAGAAACAAGGGAAGAAGGAGGAUAGAGCCAAGGAAAGAGGGAUGGUGGACAAUUCAAGCAGUAGUAAAGCACAAAUGCCCAACAUGUCUCAGGAGCCUGGUGUGGCCUUUCCUCAGAGCACCUCUACAGGGGGCAUGAAAUUGGAGGCAGUGAUGGAGCAGCUCCAGCGUCAGCAGCAGGCCCGACUGGAAAUGGAGCGCAAGGAGAGGAAGCUGCGAGAGGCCCACAUCAUGUACGCUCAGCAGGUUGCCACCCAGCAGGCCAUCCUGGCGGCCACUCGGGCUUCUGGGGCCUGCUUCAUGAGCAAAAGCCUGGCUGCAGGCAUCCCUGGCACCGGGCUGCCUCCCCAGGUUUCCAAUCAGAGCAGUGCGGACUCUGAAAAAGAUGAUGAUGAUGAUGAUAGAGGCCGGGAUUCUGGGGAUGAGGAUGAUGACAAUGAGAUGAUGGAGGGAGAUGAGGGCAGUGAUGAGGAUGACGUAAGCACCAGUGGUCUGGAGUUCCUACGAACGCAGACGCUUGCUUUGCAGCAAAAUGCCUCCCGCAUCCCAGCCCGUCCGUUUAGCAGUUACUCUGCUUCGGCCCCCCAGAGACCUGCAUCACCACCUGUCAGAGUGAAGCAGGAACCUGACGAGGGUCUGUCUCCGGCAGGGACUCAAUCUGCUACCUCUCCUAAUGGGCAGGCCGAGUGGGGCUUUGAUGAUCACUUCAGACAGAAUGGGAGUGCAGGUUGGGCAGAUGAUGCUGACAGUAGCAGAGGAAGAGGAGAGGCCUCCAGAGACUUUGCAAAGUUGUAUGAGCUGGACAAUGACCCCAAAAGGAAGGAGUUUUUGGAUGAUCUCUUCACCUUCAUGCAGAAAAGAGGAACCCCCGUCAAUCGUAUCCCCAUCAUGGCCAAACAGGUACUGGAUCUAUACAUGCUGUACAAGCUAGUGACAGAGAAGGGAGGCCUUGUCGAAGUUAUCAACAAGAAGAUUUGGAGAGAAAUCACAAAGGGACUGAACUUGCCUACCUCUAUCACCAGUGCAGCUUUCACCCUGCGUACACAGUAUAUGAAAUACCUGUACCCUUAUGAAUGUGAGAGGAAAGGCCUCAGCUCCCCGGGUGAGCUUCAGGCUGCCAUCGACAGUAACCGACGCGAGGGUCGUCGUCCAAGCUACAGUAGCAGCCUCUUCCGCUUCUCUCCCUCUCCCAGCACAGCUCCCCACAUCCUCUCACCUCCCAAGGUGCACUUUUCAGCUCUGGGAGCUGGGACCUCAGGGGCCCACAAUGGCAUGCAGGCCUCACCAGGACAUUCUCUGAAGAAAGAAGAGCUGACCCCCCCCAUCAUGCCAGCUAGACCCUCCAUGGCGCUGGCCUUGGGUCAGCAGCACGUUGCUGGUUUGGCAAGAGCUGCCACGCUGGAGCAGCUGAGAGAAAAGCUGGAGACCAGUGGCGGAGGAGAGGGGCCUGAGAGGAAGAUGGCCCGCCUGGCAGAGGAGCAGCAACGCCUGAUGCAGCAAGCUUUCCAGCACAACCUGUUGGCCAUGGCUUCCCAAAUGCCUGUGAACCUGCGGCUGGGAAACCCCCCCAUCACCACCAGAGGGUUACCAUUAAAAGAAUGUAGAAUUGACAAAAUCCCAGUGAUAUUUGCCUCAUAUGCAUAA